AUGUGGCUGCUGCUUCUGGCCCUGGUUCUGGUCUUGUCACACGCCAUCUCCCAGGAACUUCCCAAGAUUAUCAACAGCUCUAAUGGUGGCCAGGAUGCCCUCCCUGGAGUCAGGGAAUGCGCCCCCCAUUCCCAGCCCUGGCAGGCUGCUCUGCUUGUGAAUCGACGGCUGCUCUGUGGGGGCAUCCUUAUCCACCCCAGCUGGGUGCUGACUGCAGCUCAUUGCCUGAAGGACCAGUACAUGGUGCACCUGGGUAAACACGCCCUGGGUCACUGGGAGGAAGGAGAGCAAGCCGAAAGGGUCAUCCGCUCUAUCCCGCACCCAUUGUACCGGGUCAGCCCAACCCACCACAACCAUGAUCACGAUAUCAUGCUCCUGUACCUUCAGAAGCCAGCCCAGCUGAAUGACCAUGUCCAGAUCCUCCCCUUGCCCUCCCAAGAUUGUCUGCCUCCUGGCACCCACUUAGUGUCAGGCUGGGGCACCACCACGAGCCCUCAGGUGAGUUACCCCAAAACCCUCCAGUGUGCUGAAAUUCAACUUCGCUCAGAUGAGGAAUGUCAUCAGAACUACCCCGGGAAGAUUACGCCCAACAUGCUGUGUGCUGGAUCUGAAGAAGGUGGCAAAGACUCUUGUGAGGGUGACUCAGGGGGCCCACUGGUCUGUAACGGCACUUUGCAGGGUGUGAUCUCCUGGGGGGACUUCCCAUGUGGCCAGCCCAACCGGCCAGGUGUCUACACUCGUGUCUCCCGUUAUGUGGACUGGAUAGGGAAUACAAUCCAGGCGGGGGAUCCCCGGAGGAAGAAGGGGGCAGAAUAA